GCGUGGGAGCGCGUGGGCGCGCGCGGCAGCGGAUGACGCGGCCGAGGAGCAGGUGCGACGGCCGGGGAUGCGGCCCGCGAGCGCAGCCGGGCCGGGAAUGCGCGGCGUCGUGGGGCCGGCAACCCGCGGGCGGAGCGACGCGAAGCGGGGGCGGCGGGGAGCGGGCCCCGCCCGAGGCACAGAGCCCCGCGCCCUGAGUUUCCGAGUUCCUGAGUUCAAAUCUGGUUCCUAAGAAACAUCAAAGGAAGCCUGCACCAGAGGCCUCCCAGGGUCUUCUUGGAAGUUGGACUCCAUCCACUGUGUGAGACGGAAUGGCACUCUCCACUAGUGUGCUCUCCUCUUUACUGCUGCUGGCCGCUGUUGCAGGUUGUGCCUGUGGCCCGUGCAGCGAGGGGAGGACAUUCGCCAAUGCUGUCAUUUCACCAAACCUGGAAACUACCCGAAUCGCAUGGGUGCCUCAGAGCAGCCCCGUGGCGGACUGCACGGCUGCGUGCUGUGACCUGGCCCGCUGUGACCUGGCCUGGUGGUUUGAGGGCCGCUGCUACCUGGUGAGCUGCCCGCGCCCCGAGAGCUGCGAGCCCAGGGAGGUGGGUUCCGUCCGGUCCUACCUCACCUUCGUGCGCAGGCCGGCCCGCGGGCCCUCGCAGCUGCUCCGCUACAGGGAGAUGGUGCUCCGCAGGAGGUCCCCCUCGGGACUCUGGGGGGACUCGCCUGAGAGUCUCAGAAAGGACUUGUCUCCUCUGGGCCCCGCUCUCCGCCUGAGAAGGGCAUCGGAGUACCCCGAUGACUACAGGGACCCUGAGCUAGACCCUUUCCAGCCCCUCAGCAAGCAGGAGCCCAGGGGCAGUGCCGAGUACACCGACUGGGGCCUGUUCCCGGGCGGCCCCUCCGCUGGAGACAACCUGCCCUGGGUCGCUGAGGAGCAGGAGGUCCCUGAGUGGGGCCCAGAGGAGGAGACGGAGUACUCCGAUGACUACAGGGACCCUGAGCAGGACCCCUUCCAGCCCCUCAGCCAGCAGGAGCCCAGAGGCAGUGCCGAGUACACCGACUGGGGCCCGUUCCCCAGCGGCCCCUCUGCUGGAGAUGGCCUGCCCAGGGCCGCCGAGAAGCAGGAGGAUCCUGUGCUCCGUCCGCUGAAUGGGUCAGCACGGCCCCCGGCCCCAGAACGGUCCUCAGAGAGCAGGACGUCGCCGUCCUGGGUGACAGAUCCACCUUCCAGAGAGGCCCUGGGAAAGGAGACUGUUCAUCUCCAGGACGCACCCAGCAGUGACUCUGGGGAAGAGGUUCUAAUGCCUUCCAGUCAUCCUUCUCCAGCCAGACUGGAGUUCAGCCCAGCCUCCACAGUGGAGAGCCCACUUCUCACAGUCCCCACAAGGAGCCUGGAUCAUGGCGCCCCAACCCGUCCCGCUAGCCUCGUCCCUGCUGAGCCCUCCCCAUCAGAGCAACCUGCAUCUCCGACCACUGCUCCCCGGACAGUGAAAGAACUCUUGGUGUGGGCCGGCGAGAAUCGAAUCGUGACUUUGCCGGAGCACGAGGUGGACCUGAAGGCUUCUGUCGUGCCUGCGCCGCCUGCAGAAACCACCUACAGCUAUGAAUGGAGUUUGGUAAGCCACCCUGGAGACUACCAAGAUGAAAUAAAAGAAAGACACACGCAAACUCUUAAUCUCUCUCACCUGUCGGCAGGACUUUAUGCCUUCAAAGUAGCAGUUUCUAGUGACAGUGCCUUUGGAGAAGGAUUUGUCAAUGUCACCGUUAAGCCAGCCAGAAGAGUCAACCUGCCCCCUACCGCGGUGGUGUCUCCCCAGACGCAAGCACUCACCCUGCCUCUGACGUCAGCCUUCAUCGACGGCAGCCAAAGUACAGAUGACACUAAAAUCGUGAGUUAUCUCUGGGAAGAAAUUAGUGGCCCCUCCCGAGAGGAGAAGACCCCAGCUGACUCCCCUAUACUCCGUCUGUCUAACCUCAUCCCCGGAAACUACACUUUCAGACUGACUGUUGCAGACUCAGAUGGAGCCACUAACUCCACAACUGCAGCCCUCAUAGUCAACAGUGCUGUGGACCAUCCUCCAGUUGCUAAUGCAGGACCAGAUCAGACCAUAACUUUGCCCCAAAACUCCAUCACUUUGAAUGGAAACCAGAGCAGUGACGAUCACCAGAUUGUCCUCUAUGAGUGGUCCCUGGGUCCAGGGAAUGAGAGCAAAGAGGUGGCCAUGCAGGGCAUCAAGACACCAUACCUUCACUUGUCUGCCCUGCAGGAAGGAGUCUAUACAUUCCAGCUGACAGUGACGGAUUCUGCAAAACAGCAGUCCACGGCUGUGGUCGCUGUGACUGUCCAGCCCGCAAGCAACAGCCCUCCCAGAGCUCAUGCUGGUGGCCACCGUGUGCUUGUGCUGCCCAGUAACAGCAUUACCUUGGAUGGCUCGAGGUCUACCGAUGACCAGGGAGUUGUGUCCUACCUGUGGGUCCGGGACGGCCAGAGCCCAGCCGCUGGGGAUGUCAUUGGCCGCUCCGACCACAGCACAGCCCUGCAGCUUACCAAUCUGGUGGAGGGCGUCUACACGUUCCGCUUGCAAGUCGUUGAUGGUCAGGGGGCCUUGGACACGGACACAGCCACUGUGGAAGUGCGACCAGACCCCAGGAAGAGUGCACUGGUGGAGCUGAUCCUGCAGGUGGGCGUGGGCCGGCUGACGGAGCAGCAGAAGGACACCCUCGUGAGGCGGCUGGCGGCCCUGCUGAACGUGCUGGACUCAGAUGUUAAGGUUCAGAAGAUCCAGGCCCACUCAGACCUCAGCACCAUCAUUGUGUUUUAUGUCCAGAGUGGGCCGCCUUUCAAGGUUCUCAAAGCUGCUGACGUGGUCCGAAAUUUGCACAGACGGCUCUCAAAAGAGAAGGCUGAUUUCUUGCUUUUUAAAGUCUUGAGGAUCGACACAGCAGGCUGCCUUCUGCGGUGCUCAGGCCACGGCCACUGUGACCCCAUCACGAAGCGCUGCGUGUGCUCCCAGCUGUGGAUGGAGAACCUGAUUCAGCGUUACCUCCAGGAUGGGGAGAGCAACUGCGAGUGGAGUGUGUUCUACGUGGCAGCGUUGGCUCUCACUGUCCUCGGGCUGACCGGGGGCAUGCCCUGGCUUUGCCUCUACUGCAGGAGACGAAAAAGGAUUAAAAUAAGAAAGAAAACCAAGUAUACCAUCCUGGACAGCGUGGACGAGCAGGAGAGCAUGGAGCUGAGGCCCAAGCACGGUAUUAAACACCGAAGCACGGAGCACAACUCCAGCCUGAUGGUGUCUGAGUCGGAGUUUGACAGUGAUCAGGACACCAUCUUCAGCGAAGAGAGGAUGGAGAGAGGGAAUGCAAAGGUUUCCGUGAGUGGGUCCCUCAGACAUGGCGCGCCCUUCAGCUAUUGCUCAAAGGACAGAUAAAGAAGCAGCUGUAAACUCAAAGGUUACCCACAGGAAUCCCUGAAUCCAGGACCAGUGAAUGGGAGUUAACACACAGAGCUGACUCCCGUGAGAAUCGUACAUUAAGGUCCUUUCUCAGCAGGCUGGAUGUGUGUCCCUGUGUUUAAAAGAUCUGUUUUCUUGGAGUGUUUGAGAUAUGAAACAAAACAUUAAUGUUGCUCUUUUAGCAGAGAUGCUUGCUGAUAGGGAUACAGUUUGGGUGAGAUACAAGGUAUGUACUUAAAAGAGUUUGUGCUUUGUAGCUGGCACAGUGUUUAUAUUACCUUUGUGCAAGUAAGGAUGGACACCUGCAUCUAUCUGCAGACCUCUAGAUAAGUUAAACACAUUUAGAGAAGGCUCAUUUCUCUUGGGAGCUGUGAUUGCCUUCAAGGACGACUUUCCAGACAUGGUUUCUGUGGUCGGGCCCCCAUAGUCCCAAGGCUGCUGUGUCUGUUAACAAUAGCUUAUUGGAGGUGUGGGUUGUCUUCUGUGUAGCAAGUUUUCUGUGCUGACCGAACACCCGAACAGAAUAGAAACCCCCGGGACCUUUAUUCUUGGCUAUGGCCAACCACUGUUUCUGUGUCCUCUGUGGACAGCAGCUCCUGGGAAUCCGAGAGCUGAAUAAGAAUCACAGGACGAGGACCAGAGGCACAGAAAGGGAUGUGUUGGCUUAAUGACCUGUAGGUUGAAAGUAGAAGGUUGCACGGCAACAUUCCUUACCUUUUCUUUCUUCUAGACAAAAAAACUACCCUGAAGCCUCUCCUAGCCCCAGUGUACAUUAGACAUGAUGAAAGUGAUUAUUAAC